AAGGAUUCCUAAACUUCUACUCAUCCGUUUCGUUUGCUGUGAACUGUUCUCGGAUCGGUUCGGGGAGGCUCUUUAGGAGAUCUGGACGUACAAUCCAAACUUUUUCGUGACUUCUGUCUUCGCUCUCGCGGAUUUAGCGUCAGCUCUGCCGUGACCGACGUUUGGAGCAGGUGAAGAAGCGUCUCAGAGCUCAACAACCUGCACAGAGGUGACAGAAGGCUGCAGACAACAUCCAGAACAGGAUCCCGGAACAACUCGUCCAAAUUGAGCUCUCUCCCGGUCGCCAUGGCUGCCAACUUCACCCCGCAGGGUUGCGGCCCGAACGUGGACUCACUCUAUUACAACCUGUGUGACACGAGUGCCGUGUGGGGCAUCGUGCUGGAGGCCUUCGCAGCGGCGGGCAUUGUCUUCUCCUUCGUGCUUUUCAUCUCGCUGCUGGCCAGCAUUCCCUUCACGCAAGACAAGCGCCGCAAGAGCUCGGUGGCUCUCCACGCCUGCUUCCUGGUCUGCACCGGCGGACUCUUCUGCCUGACCUUCGCCUUCAUCGUGGGAAAGGACUUCUCUACCUGUGCUUCGCGGAGGUUCCUCUUCGGGGUGCUGUUUGGGGGCUGCUUCGCCUGUCUCCUGAUGCAGUGUGUGAGGCUGAACAUCCUGGUGAGGCGGAACAGCGGGCCUCGGGCUUGGGUCUUAUGUCUGGGGGCAGUGGGGCUGUGGCUGGUGGAGGUGGUCAUCAACACAGAGUGGCUGAUCAUCACGGUGGUGCGACACCCACAAGGGCCCCUCAAUGCCACAGCGGGAAUGAGCAGAGCCACGGCUACGCCUUGCAACAUCGCCAACGAGGACUUUGUCAUGGCGCUGAUCUACGUGAUGACCCUGAUCCUGGCUGUGGUUGUGGCAAGCCUUGCCAUCAUGGCAGGAAAACAUAAUCAGUGGAAGAAGGAAGGCGCCUGUAUCCUUCUACCCAGCCUGUUCUCUGUGGGUAUUUGGGUGGCGUGGAUCGUCAUGUACGUCUACGGGAAUGAGAGGACCGGGGGACCCACGUGGGAUGACCCCACCUUGGCCAUUGCCUUGGUGGCGAAUGCAUGGGUGUUCCUCAUCCUCUACACCAUCCCUGACGUCUGCUGUUUUACCAGCGAUGAUGAAAGCCAAGGCUUCGGUGAAGACCUGUACCCAAACCAAGGAGUCGGCUACGAGACGAUACUGAAGGAGCAGAGCUCCCAGAACAUGUUCAUGGAAAAUAAGGCUUUCUCUAUGGACGAGCCCAACCAAGCGCCCAAGCCUGUGUCUCCAUACAGCGGCUACAGCGGCCAGCUGCGCAGUUCAGUCUACCAGCCCACUGAGCUGGCGCUCAUCAGCAAAGCAGUGGGAAACCACCCUCCGGACUCCUAUGACAUGGUCAUUCCCAGAGCCUCCACCAACCCUGCAGCCAACAGCGGGAGCAGCACGCCAUCAACACACGCUGAGAUCGGCAACGCCGCGUACACGCAGACAAACGGAAAUAGCGUAGGGGAAUGGUCUGCAUAGGACAUCCCAGUGGUGAACACUCAACACCCAGUCACAAUAACACCAGUUCAUGUCUUUUCAUUUGCACUUGCUGACUGUAUGUUUGUUGUCCGUGGUUCCCUAAGCUGGUUCUAAGAGGAACCUUCAGCCCCGACAUGUGGAGGUGAACGCUGGGUCAUCAUCCCUGAUGGAAAACAGCUAAACCUUCUUUUGACUGAUUCCCCAUGUGCCACUGGGUAUCAGACAGUAUAGAGCUUCAUUUGGAAGUCAAAGCGAGGGGAUGAAGCCACGGCUUUGCUGCAGAACAAAGACUUUUUGCAACGGUCACCAUUCGCUGAACGCAACCUGCGGGCUCUCUGCUGGACCCGAUCAAACAGCUGAAGAGUGACGGUGCUGACUGCGCAAAAACGGCAGACAAGAAUAGUUCAACUGAGCGCUGGGAGUGUUUUUGGUCCAAUAUGAUAUUCACGUGUACACGCACGUGUGAAAGUGCACCCCUUCCCCCCACACACACCAUAAACAAGCCUUAUAACUGUCCCUGCAGCGGCGGCCAUGCACCAGUGGAACAUUCCUUACUCAGUCUGGCAUGAAGGUAACAGGCUGGGAAAAAAAGAAGCACUAUCAGAGGGAUUGCACUCACUUCUUUUAAAACAAAUAUCAUAAUCAGCUUUGGCCAAGUAGGUGCAAACACAAGGGAUCUGACACCGGUUUCUGGUUGUCAGUUUACAGGAAGAUGGAUAGAAAGUGGCAAACAAGGACAACACGGCUCAACAAGAUGCCCAAAGUGGAGUUUAGUUAUAGGAGUCAGUAUAUAUUUAUGUGCCUGGAUUGUGGAUAUUGUUAAUAACCACAAAGUUAACAUUAAAAGCUACUGGUGUUGAAUUAGUGUAAAUAUGUUGUUAUUGUGUUUCAAUGGUUCUACACUGCAUGAAAGCGUUUUAUGAACAUGUGUAUUUAAGACUAUUUAUAGCACUCCUGUGUGCUAUUGAACUAUUUUAUCUAAUUUCUACCAAUCAAACAAUCAUGAGAGUGAAAUCCUGCCUGUGAUUAGCUUGUUUCAUUCAUGUCCAGUGUAAUUCCUCAUUAAAGAUAAUUAUGUGUUCCCCUGACAGAAACAUUUGUGAUUUCAACAAACGUAAAAGUCUAUUUUCUUCACCUUCAGUAACAACAUAUCCCCGAAUCUGAGCUACAGACGCACCGUCAAAGCCUCCAGGAAGGUGUAGUUGUUGAAUGUUAACAAAAUGAAGGCUGUCCAACAUCAGUCACUAUUCAAAGUGUGUUGUCUCAAUGUAUAGUGAUUAACCCUACCUAUGAGGCUCAAAUUAUCCCACAAUGCAUUGCAAAAACUGACUUCCAUUAUGCAUUGACAGAUGCUCAUUAAAAGGAACGUGAAUGUGGCUGCAUGUUUCAUUAAUGAUUAGCCUGUAAAUUUCAUCUGUGAACGAUUGCUUUAGUUAAUCUCAGAUCUUUGGCUUCUCAGACCCAAAGAUUGCUUUUUAAGUAAGUUUGUCAUUGCUUGUCAGGCCCAGACUUUCCACCCAUGAGCGUCACAUGGAGGCUGGAGAAAAUAUUUUAUCUGGCCUCACAAAGGGGGGAUUAGACUUCAGCUCUUUAAAUUGCCUUUGUUUGAAUGAACUUACAUGUUUUGAUUGCCCAGAUCACAACCAAUGCAUCGUGUUCUUGUUAUACAGCAAAUAAAU